CGCACUUCAAUUGACUGCCCAUUGAUUGUGGUGCGUUCCGUUCCUCUACAGCUUUCGGAAGCUGAGAGCUCGUCAAUCUCGGGGGUCGAGUUCGGUUCUAAUCCUUUCUUGUCCAAGUACUAUAGCUGCGAGGCUAGGGCCCCUGAGACUAGUAGGACUCUGUUGGGCGUGCUCAACAAUGUUGGCACGAUGCGCCCCAUUACUCUGUUUGCUCGAUUGAACGCCCACGCCGCCGUCCCUCGCUCUGGAGCUGGCUUCAAGUUGACUGCAACAACAGCUCUACAGUCCUUCCCCCGGUUGCUCAGUAAGGGAUCUCGAACUCGAUUUCGAAUGGCGUCUACUCUGCCCUCCACGCCCAUUUUUGAGGCGAUUGCCAAACAUGACCCGCGGAGUCCGGCCAUUGUUCACAGCGCCUCUGACCGGACCUUUUGCUACGGCAGCUUGCUGCACGAUGUGGCCGCUGCCAAAGACAAUUUGACGGCACUCGCCGACGGCAAGUCUUUGGCGGGCGAAAGGAUUGCAUUUCUGGCCGAGAACGGCUAUGACUAUGUAGUGACUUUCCUCUCGAUCCUGGCUCAAGAUGCCAUCGCCCUUCCCUUGGCACAUACACAUCCGAACUCGGAGCUGCGAUACAUCAUCGAGAACAGCGAAGCCGCCCUGUUUCUCUCGACACAAAAAUUCCAAGACAAAGCUCAAGAGGUGGUGAAAGAAGGACUCAACCAUGUGCCGAGAUUGGAAAUCCUGUCCAAAAUUGAGACUGGGGCCGUUUCGGCCGAAAAUGUGAAAUUCGGCCCCAACAGCGUUCAGCAGGGCGGCUUCAUGCUGUAUACGUCUGGCACGACCAACCGACCCAAGGGGGUGGUGUUAUCGGUGUCCACGAUCACGGCGCAAGCACGGUCAUUGAUCGAAGCAUGGAACUAUAUGCCGUCCGAUUUGCUUCUACAUGUCCUGCCACUGCAUCAUAUCCACGGGACGGUGAACGCGCUCUUCACGCCUCUGAUGGCCGGCGCAGCCAUUGAGUUUGCAUACCCUUUCAACGCGGACACGGUAUGGAAACGACUGGCGGCGCCGUUUCUUCCACAUUCUCCGCCGACAAAACGACCCAUCACCUUCCUGACGGUGGUGCCAACGAUCUACAACCGACUUCUGGCCACGCAUCCCACGUUGAGUCCAGACAUGCAGGAAGCCACCCGCACGGCCAUCACGCCGCAGUAUAUGCGGCUCAACAUCUCCGGGUCCGCGGCGUUGCCCACUCCCACGAAACAGGCCUGGACCGAACUCAGCAGCGGCAAUGUUCUGCUCGAGCGGUAUGGCAUGACAGAAGUCGGGAUGGCGCUUUCAUGCGGCCUGGCAUAUGAAGACCGGGUCGACGGAAGCGUCGGCUGGCCUCUGCCAUCGGUUCAAGUCCGGCUGGUCGAGACUGAGACCGGCCAAGUCAUCCAGCCCGGGGAGGAAACAGAUUCCAAAACAGGCAAGCCGCGUGAAGGCGAGAUCCAGCUGCGCGGCCCGACCGUCUUUAGCGGAUACUUUCGCAACCCGAAGGCGACGGCGGAAGCGUUUGUGGAAGAUCAAACCAACGAGAAUGGAAGUGGCAACGGUAAUGCCAACGGCAACAGCAGCAGCAACGGCAAAUGGUUCAAAACAGGCGAUAUUGCCAUUCGACAACACGUCCCAGGCACCGGACAGAGCGACCAGUCCUGGGCCAAGGGACCCAUGUAUUUCAUCCGCGGCCGCCAGAGCGUCGACAUCAUCAAGACUGGCGGCGAAAAGGUGUCGGCGCUCGAAAUCGAGCGCGAACUGCUUUCCCUCCCUCAAGUCGCAGAGGCCGCCGUCGUAGGUAUCCCUUCUGAACAAUGGGGCCAGAAAGUCGCUGCCGUCAUCGUCCUCACUGAGCAAGGAUUGACUGCCGGCAAGGGAGGCAAGCCAUGGUCAGUCAUGGACAUGCGUCGCGCUCUAAAGGACCGGUUGGCGAAUUAUAAGAUUCCCCAGGAACUGAAAGUCGUCGAUUCCAUCCCCCGCAAUGCCAUGGGCAAAAUCAAUAAGAAGUCUCUGGUCAAGGAUGUGUUUCCGGAAACUCGGGAAAAGUGACCGGACCGGUCUUUUUUCCAAAAAGGGGGGUAAGAAGGGGAUUUGUGCUUUUUCUUGUCUGUUUUUCACCCUCCGAACAAGUGCUUUUGAGGCGGCUAAAGGGGCCAAACAGCGAGGUUCGACUUUGUGCAUUCAUAUUGUGGUGGUCGUUACCUGUGUUGAUCUGACUUACGUAUGCAUGGAUGGAUAGAGAAAAAUUUUGCAAAAAUCAGGCAUGGCACGGCAUGGGGUGGGCGGCCAUAACAAAUCGUCGUUGAAAAAGAAGCUUGCAAAGCUAAGGUGGGGGGGGGGCGGCUAUAUGAAUUGUUCACAGAACAGGAGCAGGAGCAAAAAGUCGACAUCAGGAUUCUUUUUGAAUACUGUAUCUUGGUUCUUCUCUGUAUAGUUAGAACUGUACGAGUGCUACUCUCCAAUUUUACGCAGAGAGCGCACGCAGUCCAGUCCUUCUGGAUGCUUUUCCCCAGUAGUACAACUACCUAGGUAUCUAGAUACUGGUGGGUGCCAGUCCUGGUAAUUCUGAAUGCCGACGAAUAGUCGGUUGAGUUGCAAACCACAACAAGGCUUGAACAUGCUUCUACUAUAACAUGUAGCGAUACU